AUGGAUCUUUGCAAAGCUAUUUCUACUCCAAUGGGAUCCGGAACUUAUGUUGAUCAAGAUGAAUUUGGUGUGGCAAUAGAUAUUACAAAGUAUCGAGGUAUGAUCGGUUCAUUAUUAUAUUUAACGGCAAGUCGUCCUGACAUAAUGUUUAAUGUUUGUCUUUAUGCUCAAUUUCAAGCGAAUCCUAAGGAAUCACAUCUCACAGUUGUAAAGAGAAUCAUGAAGUAUCUAAAGGGAACUACCAAUAUUGGUCUAUGGUAUCCAAAAGGUAGUAUGUGUGAUUUGGUUGGAUUUUCUUACUCGGAUUAUGCUGGUUGCAAAACGGAUUGCAAAAGUACAAGUGGUACUUGUCAUAUUCUAGGAAAUGCACUAGUAUCAUGGUCCUGUAAGAAACAAGUAUGUGUUGCACUUAACACGACCGAAGCAGAAUACAUUGUGGUAGGAAGUUAUUAUGCUCAAAUUCUUUGGUUGAAACAAUAA